CAUACCUUUUCCAAAGAGAUUGAUGGUGAACACGCAUAGAGAAAUCUAGAAUGGAGGUUGGUGUGUGAGUGGUUGCAUAAAUUGAGAACUAAAAGUUCAUAACCUAACUUAUGACAAGUUAUAAGCAACAUCAACCGUCUGUCAUUCAUUACGAAAUUUUUGUAAAAGUUAGAACUCACGUUUUCAUUAAAAACACGUUUUUACUUUUUUUUAUUAUUCUGAAAACAAAAUGGCCGGUUUGUUCAAAAAUCUCCUGCAACGGGCCCCCCAGGUACUGAAAGUAGCCACCCCAGCAGCUAAACAGGCAAAUUGGAGGAACUUCUCUGCAACUGCUACGCUUUUAAAUGGCCCGAAGGUGCAGCAACCAGCCCCUGAUUUCAGUGGAAUCGCUGUGGUCGACGACACGUUCAAGACUAUUCAGCUCAGUGAUUACAAAGGCAAAUACGUGGUUCUUGUUUUCUAUCCUCUAGAUUUUACAUUUGUAUGUCCCACAGAGCUGAUAGCUCUGGAUGAUCGAAUUGACGAUUUCAAAAAUUUGGGUGCUGAAGUGAUAGGAUGUUCUGUGGACUCACACUUCUCACAUUUAGGGUGGAUGAACACAAAAAGGAGUGAAGGAGGUCUGGGGAAGCUGAGGUAUCCCCUGCUUUCAGAUAUAAACAAGGUUAUAUCAAAACACUAUGAUGUGCUGUUGGAAAAAGAAGGAAUUGCUCUAAGAGGUUUAUUCAUAAUUGAUCCCAAUGGCAUAUUAAGGCAUAUCACAGUAAAUGAUUUGCCUAUUGGAAGAUCUGUUGAUGAGGCUUUGAGGAUUAUUGAAGCUAUCAAGUUUGUUGAAGAACAUGGAGAAGUUUGUCCAGCGAACUGGAGAAAGGGUCAAAAAACCAUCAAACCAGACCCCAAGGGAUCUCAGGAUUACUUCAAAUCAACUCACCAGUAACGUGAUAUUAGGACUUUAGGUUUAUCUGUUGAAUGUUUUAUAAGAAUUACGUGAAUUUGGGUACUGUAAACUACUAUUCAUAAUAAAAGUCUGUUAUUCAAAUACAAUUUAUUAAAAACGUAUUUUUG